GGGAGCUAAACAAAGCAAAUAUAGCUUGGGAAUGACGUCAAUGGAACUUUCCCUAUAGGUCCCAAAAAGUUAUUUUGCCUCUCCUUUUUUUGUCCCUUCAAAGCUAUUUGGGUUUUUCCGAUUUGCAACCAUUUUUAGGCGUUUUUUUUUGACCCUUCUCUGUCUUCACAGACACAUUGCAUUUAUAUAUUUUCUUCAUUUCUAAAACCCCUUUUUGCCCUUUUUUAGUUUAUUCCCUUUUUCGGUUGGAAAAAAAAGAAGAUAUAAGUAGAAAAUUUGAUAACCCCUUUUUGGGUUUAAUCUGUUGGCAAAAGAAAAGAAAAAACUCUUGUUUACACAUGGCUGUUAUGGAUGAAAUUGGAAUUGAUAUCAGGUUAGAAAGUUGAAAUUUUCUAGCCCCAAAGAAACUUUUAUUUUUGUGUUUGGUUUUUUAUGUUUUCUUUUCUGGUUGAAUUUUGAGUAAAUUAAUGUAAUAUCUUGAUAGAUGGGAGGAAAUCUGCCAUCACUUGACAAAAAAAUAAUAAUUGUAGCUUUGAUGAUUUUUUGGCUUGUAUUCCUUUAGGUUUUAUGUUUUUUUUGAGAUGUUGGGUGUGUGAAUUUACAGUCUUUUUUGGUUGAAUUACAUGAAUUAAUGGAAUUUCUGAUGUGGGUCCUGCUUGAAAAUUCAAGAAACGAUGUUGGAUAUUGAGAAAUGAGUAUUUGGUAUUGUUGGACUUGUGUUAAAUCUUGAAUUUUGUGACACUUUGAGGAUUAUUGUAUCUUUAUUAGGUGUGUAGUUUUUUUUUUUUCCUUUUUUUUUUAGUUUCAUUUGGUUUCAAUGGAGUACUGUAUGAUUGAUGUUGAUGGAUUGGGCAACAGCUCCGAUAUUGAAGUCGAUGACAUAAGGUGUGACAAUAUAGCGGAAAAGGAUGUGAGUGAUGAAGAGAUUGAUCCUGAGGAAUUGGAGAGGCGAAUGUGGAAAGAUCGUGUAAAGCUCAAGAGGCUUAAGGAAAGGCAGAAGCUUGCAGCACAAGAAGCUGCAGAGAAGCUGCAGAAGAACAAGCAAACCACUGAUCAAGCUCGGAGGAAAAAGAUGUCCAGAGCUCAAGAUGGGAUUUUGAAGUACAUGUUGAAACUUAUGGAGGUUUGCAAGGCUCGAGGAUUUGUUUAUGGGAUUAUACCUGAGAAGGGUAAACCGGUUAGUGGUGCAUCGGAUAAUAUUAGAGCUUGGUGGAAGGAAAAGGUGAAGUUUGAUAAGAAUGGUCCUGCUGCAAUAGCAAAGUAUGAAGCGGAAUGCCAUGCAAAAGGAGAGGGAAUUGGAAAACAAAACGGGAACCCACAAAGUGUUUUGCAGGAUUUGCAGGAUGCUACCUUGGGGUCCCUUUUGUCUUCUUUAAUGCAACAUUGUGAUCCACCUCAACGGAAGUUCCCGUUGGAGAAAGGUGUCUCACCACCCUGGUGGCCAUCAGGGAACGAGGAAUGGUGGGUGAAAAUGGGGCUGCCUAAGGGACAGAAAACACCAUACAAGAAGCCGCAUGAUUUAAAGAAAAUGUUUAAAGUUGGUGUUCUAACUGCUGUUAUAAAGCAUAUGUCACCUGAUAUUGCAAAGAUCAGGAGAUUAGUGCGGCAGUCAAAGUGUUUACAGGAUAAGAUGACUGCAAAGGAGAGCUCAAUAUGGUUAUCUGUUUUAAGCGGAGAGGAAUCUACUAUCCAGCAACCAACCAGUGACAACGGAUCAUCUAGCAUAAGCGAGGCACCUAAUAGAGGUCACGGUCAAAAGAAGAAACCUUCUGUUGAUAGUGGCAGUGAUUAUGAUGUUGAUGAUGUUAAUGUCUCUGCUUCAUCUAGAGAUGAGACGAGAAAUGAACCAUUGGAUGCUCCUCCUCUGAGUGCUGUUCCUCAAUCUCACCAAGGUAAAGAUGGACAACGUCGAAGAAGAAAACGUGCUAGGUCGAACUUUCAACAGACUGAACCUGAUGAUGAGGCUAGAAACGCCUUACCUGAUAUAAACAAUUCCAAUGUGCAGCUUUCAGGGUACAAUACAAAUGAAAGCCAACCGGAGAACAAUAUUGUGGGAGCGAAGAAGCCUGUGGAGAAAAACUCUGCUGAAUUACCAUUAAGAGACUCCAACCUUUCCUUGGUUCCAUCAGCUGAUGCAGUCUCUACAGAGGACGCAUUUGUUAGCAAUGGGCCAUCAAUUUAUCCAAUGUUGGAAAACUCUGUUAUCCCGUAUGAAUCAAGGUUUCAUCUUGGAACUCAAGAUUCUGUUGCGCUGCGCCAGCUUCAUGAUACUCAGUUGCAGAGCAGAACUCAGUUCUCUGGGAUGAAUAAUGAACCUCGAAGUUCGAUAUUUCAUUAUGGACCUCCAAACAAUGGGUUGCAUAACGGACCUCAAAGUUCUGUCCUACAUCAUGAGCUACAGGAUCCGAGUUUCACUCAUGGAUCUCAAUAUUCAAACUUGCAUCAAUCCCCUGUAUAUCAAUAUUAUACACCAUCGGCUGAAUUUGGGUCAGCUCAUGAAGAGCAGCAGUCUCACCUGGCAUUCGGUCAACCUCAGAUUAAGCCACGGGAUUCUGGAGUUAGAAAUGAUAUUUCUAGAGAGGACCACCAAUAUGGAAAAGACACAUUUCAGAAUGAUCAUGAUAGACCUGUUGAGAUGCAUUUUGCAUCUCCAAUCACUAGUGGCUCACCCGAUUAUGCUAGACUCAGCAGUCCAUUUAACUUUGAGCUUGAAGUCCCAAGUGCAUUAGAUGCUGGUGAUUUGGAACUAUUCCUUGAUGAAGACGUUAUGACAUUCUUUGCUUCGUAGGCAGUUAUGUGGAAAAUACAACAUUUAGAAUGAACCACCUGAAGGCUGCGCCAACAUAUUGUGAACUGGAGUGAGUCCUCUCUCAUAAAAUGAGAUCCUGGACUGUAAGUUAUUGUACUCAGCUGUCAAAUUGUAAAUUCAGUGGCAGAAAAUCAUUUUUUUGUCUCUUCUUAGCUUGUCUUUUACAUGUUGUAGACUUGUGCUUCGCGUAAUUGAGAUAGUUUCUGAUUGACUAAGGCAGGAAAGCUAGAGUUCCUUCUUGUUUUCUUUAAUCAUAACAGCCUUUCUCGUCAUGCUAAAAAAUAUUCUUUCAAGUGCUACAUAUGAUAAUGGUUUUUGUAUUUAACCUA